AUGGAAAUACCAGAAAACUAUGAAGGAUCACGGAGAACAUUUGCUCCUUUAGCCUUUGAAGUGGACUCUACCGAGAUUGGUCUCCAGACUCCAAGUUCGUCACGAGCCCAUAAAACGAUGGUCUCCAUCGUUCCUCAAGCACGUCUCCGUCGUGGGUUGGCUCCGACAACCACUCGCCGGCGUCGGAGAAGGGGGAGACCACUACCAACCGAAAUAUAUCGGCAACCUUCUUCUCCGGCUAAAACAAACGAAGGUAAACUUCUCUCUCUCUCUUUCUUUGUUUUUGGUUUUGGAGAGCUAAGGGAAAGACUCCGCCCUACGCAUGGAUUUUGUCAGUUAUCGGUGAUGGAGGCCUCGUCUGAACGUUGUGGAUCUCCAACUAGAAGUUCGAUCGUCUCAGAUUACAACAAUCCCCUCUAUAAAAUGGUUCCUCGUGAGGAAACUGCCAAGCACGAGCGAAGGUUGUAUGACCUCUGCAACAAACGGUCUUGCAGUGGGUACCAAAAGGGGACCACUACUUCGUAUGAUAUUUUUCAUUGUGGCGUGCAGGGAGAAAUUUUUCUCGCUGAUCUUAUGGAGCUUCCUCUAGAGGAGUUUGAUCUAAUUCUUGGGAUGGAUUGGUUGAAUAAACACAAGGUAAAUCUGGAUUGCGAGUACAAGCGAGCUACCCUGAAGACUUUAGAUGGUCGGACUGGAUAUGAGACGUUCAUUGCCUGUAUUUUGAACACGAAAGGUGCAUUGUCCACAAUCGAGGAGAUUCGUACAGUUAGCGAGUUUCCUGAUGUUUUUCCUGAGGAGUUGCCUGGGUUACCUCCUGAUAGAGAGGUAGAGUUCGAGAUUGAGACUUAUCCGGGAUCUUCACCUAUUUCUAUGGCACCUUAUCGCAUGGCUCCAAAGGAACUUAAGGAGUUGAAGGUCCAAUUGCAAGAAUUAUUCGAUCGAGGAUUUAUCCGACAUAGAUCUGAUGUUGCAAAAACGGCCAUUCGCACUAGAUAUGGUCAUUAUGAAUUUUUAGUGAUGCCUUUUGGUUUGACGAACGCUCCUGCAGCUUUCAUGGAUUUGAUGAAUCGGGUGUUCCGACCAUAUUUGGAUCAAUUUGUGGUGGUCUUCAUUGACGAUAUUCUGAUCUAUUCUCGUACUGAGGCAGAGCAUGACGAGCAUUUGAAAAUCGUUCUACGGACUUUGAGAGAGCAUCGUCUAUAUGCCAAACUAAGCAAGUGUGAGUUUUGGCUUCAAGAAGUGUCGUUUUUGGGGCAUAUUAUUUCUGCGCGAGGUGUUCAGGUCGAUCCCAGCAAGAUAGAGGCUAUUAUAAAUUGGAAACGACCCAAGAACAUCUCUGAGAUCCGCAGUUUCUUGGGUUUGGCUGGUUAUUAUCGACGUUUUGUUGAGGGAUUCUCGAUCAUUGCUUCUCCUUUGACAAAGUUGUUAAGGAAGAAUGUGCCAUUUGAUUGGGGCGAGGCACAACAGGAGAGCUUUGAGAAAUUAAAGGUGGUUUUGACUCAAGCACCGGUGUUGAUUCAACCACAGUCCGGGAAGGAUUUUACAGUGUAUAGUGAUGCUUCACAUUCAGGACUUGGUUGUGUUUUAAUGCAGGAAAGUAAGGUGGUGGCUUAUGCAUCCCGUCAGAUGCGACCGCAUGAGUGUAAUUAUCCUACUCACGAUUUGGAGUUAGCAGCAGUGAUUUUUGCCUUGAAGAUUUGGAGACACUAUCUUUAUGGAGAAAAGUGUUAUAUUUUCACGGAUCAUAAGAGCUUAAAGUAUCUCCUGACCCAGAAGGAGCUUAAUUUGAGACAACGGCGCUGGCUAGAGCUUCUGAAGGAUUAUGAUUUAGAUAUUGCGCUACAUACGGCUUUGGGAACAAGAUUGGAUUAUAGCACAUCCUUUCAUCCACAAACUGAUGGUCAAUCUGAGAGACUCCUGAGUCGGAGACGAGGAGCAACAUAUUUUACGUACCAAGAGAUGACUGCUUCUUGGAGGUGA